UCCUCCUCCUCUGCAUCGCGAGCACACGUCUCAAAACACUCUGAUAAAGAAUCACACAGCAAGAGCACCCGAGAUUAGAAUAACAGACACAUGGAUCCUAAACCCAAAUCUCCAUCUCCCCGCCACCUGCUCUUUUUUCUGUAUGGCGUCCUCGUUUCUCUGCCCUCCAACAGUGCAACCUUCUCAUCAGCACAAACCAGCAACAGUUCCGAGGCUGACCGGCAAGCCCUCCUUUGCUUCAAAUCCAGCAUCUCUGCAGACCCUGGCCUUGUCCUCAGAUCAUGGCGCAGCGACUCGCUCGACUUUUGCAGCUGGAGAGGGGUCACCUGCAGCACCACCCUCCCAAUCCGUGUGGUGUCCCUAGAACUACGGUAUGAUAAGCUCAAAGGAGAACUACCCAGCUGCAUGGGGACCCUUACCUCUCUAGUGUGGAUAGACCUUUCAAACAAUGAUCUUUCUGGAAGCAUACCUGAGGAGAUAGGUGCGAUGCCGGGUCUCCAAACUCUAAUUCUUGCUGAUAACAGGCUUACAGGUAACAUCCCUCUGUCAUUGGGUACUGCUGCUUCUCUUAGAUAUGUUAAUCUUUCAAGAAAUGCUCUUAGCGGAGGUAUUCCUGAUUCUUUAUCCAAAGUUUCAUCGCUCCGUAUGCUGACACUCUCAAUGAACAACCUAUCUGGGGAGAUCCCAGGUACCCUAUUCAAUAAUUCAUCCAAUCUUGUUACAGUGGACCUCCGACUGAAUUCUCUUUCUGGGGUAAUCCCACAUUUCCAUAGAAGGACAACUCUGCAAUUUCUUGAUCUUACUGGAAAUUUUCUUUUCGGAAGCAUACCAGCAUCUUUAGGAAACGUUUCAUCCUUAAAUUACAUUCUGCUAGCAGAGAACAACUUGGAAGGAUCGAUUCCAGAAGCCUUGGGUCAUAUCCUGAACUUAACCGUCCUAGAUCUUGGUUACAACCGAUUCUCGGGGAAUGUCCCAGCCAUGAUAUACAAUAUCUCAUCACUCAGAUACCUUCGAUUAAGCACCAAUAGGCUUGAGGGACAAAUACUUCUUAACACUGGCCACUCACUCCCAAACCUCGAAUCAUUGAUCUUGAGUAGCAACGCAUUAAGCGGAAUUGUUCCGGCUUCACUGGCCAACAUGUCGAAGCUCCAAGUGAUUGAUCUCUCAAGUAAUUUGCUAAGUGGCUCGAUUCCAUCUCUAGGAUCCUUGAGCAACUUGAGUCGACUGAUUCUAGGAAGUAACAUGCUACAAGCUGAAAACUGGACGUUUCUAACCUCCCUGACAAAUUGCAGUCGAUUGUUAACUUUAGCACUGGAUGGGAAUUCCCUGAACGGAAGUCUUCCAAAAUCAGUCGGCAAUCUUUCCACAAACUUGGAACUGCUAAACUUUAGAGGCAACCAAAUUUCAGGAACAAUACCAGCUUCGAUAGGCAAUCUUGUGAAUCUUACUCUGCUUAACAUGGAGCAGAACAUGCUUUCAGGAAUCAUUCCCUCAACUAUUGGGAAAUUAGGAAACUUGGUUGUCCUGUCAUUGUCUAAGAACAGGUUGUCUGGGGAAAUCCCAUCCACGAUUGGUGAUCUCCCUCAAUUGAUCCAGCUCUCCCUGGAUGAUAACUUAUUGUCUGGAAACAUACCGGCAAGUUUAGGACGGUGCCAAAGGUUGAUUAUGUUAAAUCUAUCAGUCAACAACCUUGAUGGAUCCAUACCAAGUGAAAUCCUCAGCAUUUAUUCACUUUCUUUGGGGUUGGACUUGUCAAACAACAACCUUACAGGAAUGAUACCACCAGAAAUAGGAAUACUGGACCAUCUUGUCAUAUUGAAUGUUUCAAGCAACAAGUUAUAUGGUGAAAUACCACUUGCACUUGGCAUGUGUUUAUCCUUGUCAUCCCUUCAGAUGGAAGGAAAUAUGCUCAGUGGGAUUAUUCCUGAGUCUCUCAAAAACCUGUUGUUCAUACAACGGAUGGAUCUCUCUGGAAAUAACUUAUCUGGUCAAAUUCCAGAAUUCUUCGGGCACUUCCUCUUAUAUCUUAAUCUAUCAUACAACAAACUAGAAGGACCAAUUCCAACCAGUGGAAUCUUCACAAAUAAUCCAAAUGCAGUCAUGUUGGAAGGUAACAUGGCAUUAUGUCAGAGAAUUGCCAUAUUUUCAUUGCCGACCUGCCCCAACACAUCAUCAACAAAAAGAAAAAUCAAUGCACGCAUGCUGCUGAUAAUAGCACCGCCGGUUACUAUCGCUUUUUUAUCAUUGCUAUGUGUUGGUGCUACUGUUAUGAAGGGAAGAACAAACCAACCAUCUGAAAGCUAUAGAGAGACAAUGAAGAAGGUGUCAUAUGGAGACAUUCUUAAAGCCACCAAUUGGUUCUCUCCAGUUAACAAGAUCAGCUCAAGUCAUACGGCAUCAGUCUACAUUGGUCGGUUUGAGUUUGAUACAGACCUUGUUGCCAUCAAGGUAUUUCAUCUUGAUGAGCAAGGUUCACUCAAUAGCUUUUUCACUGAGUGCGAAGUGCUAAAACAUACCCGCCACCGCAAUCUCAUUCAAGCAAUCACCUUGUGCUCGACAGUAGAUUUUGAGAACAAUGAAUUCAAAGCUCUUGUAUAUGAGUUCAUGGCAAAUGGUAGUCUAGACAUGUGGAUACACCCAAGGAAACACCAAGGUAGCCCAAGGAGGGUGUUAAGUUUAGGUCAAAGGAUUAGUAUUGUGGCAGAUGUGGCUUCUGCUCUUCAUUAUCUGCAUAACCAAUUGAUACCGCCAAUGAUACACUGUGAUUUGAAGCCUAGCAAUGUUCUUUUGGACUAUGACAUGACUUCACGCAUUGGUGACUUUGGGUCAGCCAUGUUUCUAUCUUCAAGUCUUAGUAGCAGUCCAGAAGGCUUGGUUGGUGCCUCAGGAACAAUUGGAUAUAUUGCACCUGAGUAUGCGAUGGGAUGCAAAAUCUCAACCGGUGGUGAUGUUUAUAGUUUUGGGGUGCUGCUACUAGAAAUGCUCAUGGCAAAGCGACCGACUGACAAACUAUUUGGCAAUGACCUCAGCCUUCAUAAGUAUGUGGACCUAGCAUUCCCUGAUAAAAUCAGUGAGAUUUUAGACCCCCAAAUGCAAAACAAGGAGGAUGAAAUUCUUUGUAAUCUACACAUGCACAACUAUAUCAUACCAUUGGUCGAAAUUGGCCUCCUGUGUUCCAUGGAAUCACCAAAAGAUAGACCAACAAUGCAAGAUGUUUGUGCAAAAAUUGUUGCCAUCCAAGAGGCAUUUAUUCAAUCCUUUUGAUAAUAGCAAAGAGAUAAUAGAGAUGCAAUUUUCGCAAGUGAUGAUGGCUUGACUCAAGGCAAGCAUCAUGCAAACCAGGGGAAAAGCAUUAUGGCCAUCUAUAUUUCUUAUUCUCCAGCUACAAAGUCUAAACACUGAGGCUAGUCAGAUGCAUACCCACUUAACAAACAUUGUUGCAGAGAUUGAAAUGUUUCGAAGCAUUUUUAAUGUAAAUAGUUUCUCAGCCAGCUAUGAAGAAAUAUCAAUUGGCUUCCAAGGCAUGAAGAAUUGUGUAAAUAAAUUUGCAUUUUUUUAACAUUUCUGCAAAUUACAUUAUAAUGUUUCUCUUGUUGGAAGUGCUUGUAGUUUGAUUUAUUUUACUUCUGUAAUUAUCUGCUUGUAAUUUUUCCAAUUGAUUAUUAUUUUUCAUG